ACUUGAGGUGUUUUAACCUAAUAUAUCACUAUAGGGAAGAGAAACAUACACGAGCGUUUAUUUAGUGGAGUGUCGCUAGUUCUUGUUGCUAGUUAAUAACAUUCUGUUUGCCAUAGUUGACUAUAGCACAGUCUCAAGUGUUUUAAAAUUCACGAACAUUCCUGUCGAAAGAGCUAAUUUUGUUUGGCUAUCUUGGUUAGAAUUAGAUAACUAAUAAUAUGAAUUUUGACUUUAGUAGUAUUUCUUGGGAAAGUUCUACUUAUUUUACCUUUCCAUUGUGGUUGGAGAGUUUUUAAGUGUUAUGGCAAGUGUUUGGUGAGUUUUGAAGUGUUUUUGCAGGUGCUUCGUAGUUGCUAGUAGAAGAAUUUCACUAUUUUUUUAUGAUUAAGGUAUCACUUCAUUUACAGUGGUCAUUCUGAUCAUACAGAGACAUUAGCAAUUCUCAAAGUAAUGGCGGAGAUUGUGAUUCUUCUAGCCAUUAGAAAGAUUGGAAUUGCCUUGGCAAAGGCAGCGGAAGACCAGGCCAGCGUACAGUUUGGAAGGUAUGGCACACUACUACUAGAACUACAGGGCAGUAUGGGCCGUGUUGGUAGGGAGCUUCGCAUAAUGCAUGAUGUUCUAUGUCAAAUGGACAUUCGUAGUCACAACAAUCAAGUAUAUGAGGGCUGGUUGGAGGAGGUACAGAAAGUAGCAUAUGUGAUGGAGGACAUGGUGGAUGAGUACUUGUAUCUUGUUGGUCGGGAACAUGAUAUUGGUUGUUGUUUCUUUCUGAAGAAGGGUUUCAAGAAGCCAAGAUCUUUGCUUUCUUUGAACAGGAUAGCUUCCAAGGUGAAGGAAAUAGAGAAAGACCUUUCACACCUGUCAGAUGCAAAAAACCGUUGGGUUCCCAUAAUAAACAACAGGGAAGACAACUCAAAUUACAUUGUCAAGAGAUCCCAAGAUCUAGCAAACAUUUCACGCUCCCUUGAUGAAGAAGAUCUAGUGGGGGUGGAUGAAAACAGAGAGAAACUUGAGCAGUGGUUGGGAGCUGAUGAUCUGGAGUGCUCUAUGAUAGCUCUGCUCGGAAUGGGAGGUCUUGGUAAAACCGCUUUAGCUGCAAAUGUCUACAAUAAGGAGAGGGAGAAAUUCCAGUGCUACGCCUGGGUCUCCAUCUCUCAAACUUAUUCUAGAGAAGAUGUCUUGAGAAAUAUAAUUAAGGAACUUUUUAAAGAUAAUGGCAGUGUUCUAUCUAGCACUCUAGCUAUGGAUAUCAUGAGCCUUGAAGAGACACUAAAGAAAUAUCUGGAGCAACAGAAGUAUCUUAUCGUAUUGGAUGAUGUUUGGACUCCAGAAGCAUUUGAUGAUUUGUCUGGGGCACUUCCUCAUAAUGAUAAGGGUAGUAGACUGAUAAUCACGACAAGGGAAGGCGAUGUUGCUGCACUUGCCUCUCAGGGACAUAUCUUAACACUUGAAGCUUUACAAAAAGACAAGGCAUGGGAUCUCUUUUGUAAGAAAGCCUUUCCAAAAGAUACAAACCAUGAAUGUCCUACAGAAUUGAAGCCAUUGUCCGAGGAAAUAGCUAGCAAGUGCAAAGGCUUGCCUCUUGCUAUUGUGUCAGUUGGUAGCCUCUUGCGUGUGCGUGAGAAAACCAUGGAAGAAUGGAGAAGGAUAAAUGAUCAACUGAGCUGGGAGAUAAUCAAUAAUUCAAGGCUCGACCAUAUAAGGAAUGUUUUGUAUUUGAGCUUCAUCUACCUUCCAACAUACUUGAAAAGUUGUUUCUUGUACUGCAGUCUAUUUCCAGAAGACUAUGUUUUACACAGGAAACAACUUGCACGGUUAUGGGCAGCAGAGGGGUUUGUCGAGGAGAGGGGUGAAAGCACAUUAGAAGAAGUGGCGGAGGGCUAUUUAAAGGAGUUGGUUGACAGAAACAUGUUACAACUUAUCAAGAGGAACACAUUUGGUAGGAUGAAGACAUUCCGAAUGCAUGAUAUCUUGCGUGACUUGGCAUUGGACUUGUGCCAAAAGAACUGCUUUGGUGUUACUUAUGACAAUAAAUGUGAGGGGUCUCUUGAGAUGGUUGGACGACGGUUGGUAGUCCACAAACUAAAGAAGAAGAAGAAGAAUCAGCCAAUUUUUGGUAUACACCAACUUCGUACAGUGAUUACAUUGGACAAUAGCAUGCCCUCAUCCACUAUACCUUUGCUAUUCACGGAGUCAAGAUAUAUGACAGUGCUAGAAUUGCAUGGUCUGCCCAUUGAGAAGAUUCCAGAUGCUAUUGGCGAUCUUUUUAAUCUCCGCCAUUUGAGUUUGCGCGGUUCAAAGGUGAAGAUGCUCCCGAAGUCUAUUGAGAAGCUUUCAAAUUUGUUGACACUUGACCUUUAUGAAUCUGAUAUACAUGAGUUGCCUAGUGGGAUUGUGAAACUGAAGAAGCUCAGGCACUUAUUUGCUGAGAGAGUAAUUGAUUCAAAUUGGAGAGAGCUUGCAAGUUGCAGUGGUGUGCAUAUCCCUAAUGGACUUGGAAAUCUAAUAAACCUUCAGACGCUACAAACAUUGGAAUUAGAGGAUGAUUCUGUUGGACAUUUAGGGGAGCUGAGGCAAUUGAGAAGCUUGAGGUUAUUGAAUGUGAAGGGAAUCUACUGUAGAAGUAUCAGUGAGUCUCUAGUUAAGAUGCAGUAUUUGUCCUUCCUAGAUGUGAUUGCAAGUGAUGAGAAGGAGGUGCUCCUGUUGAAUGUCCGUCUGCCAAACCUGUGGAAGCUAACUAUGAGAGGACGAUUAGCCGAAGGGGUGUUGGAUGAGUCUCCUCUGUUCCAAGCUGCUGGGGGGCAGAACUUGUAUAAAUUGCAUCUAUCUUGGUCACAGCUGAGAGAAGACCCCCUGCCAUCCCUUUCUCGGUUGUCAAACUUGACAUUUCUAGAUUUCACCAGAGCAUACAAUGGAGAGCAUUUGGCAUUUCUCACAGGAUGGUUUCCCAAGCUAGAGAUUCUCUCUCUGGAAGACCUGCCUAAUCUGAAUCGGCUAGAUAUACAGCAAGGUGCCAUGGCAAGCCUGGAAAAAUUAUACUUGGUCAACCUGAGCAGCAUGACGGAGGUCCCAGCUGGCAUUGAGUUCCUCCUGCCCCUCCAGCGUCUAGCCUUCUACGAGAUCAGCAGUGACUUCUUGACCUUGCUGCGCCAAUGGUCCACAACGCCAAGCCAGCAGUAUCACUAUUCUCUCCGAGACUGAUCUGCCACAUCCGUAGGGAAAUGUGCAGGUCGCCGGCCGGAAGGAAGAUGCUUCAGUAUUUGGGCCGCGUGCAGGUUCGACUCAAUGAAUUAAAGCGUCAAAUUAAGGGGUGUUGUUAUUCGAUUCGCGCCGCAGCUCAUGUCCUGUAUAUAUACCAUCCGGGUUUCCUCUGUUUCUUCAAGACGCACUAUUCUCACGUUUGCUACUGCUGCUGCUAGCCUGCUACUAUUGUCCGUUUCUGCUUAUUUCCGGGUGUGGCUAUUAAAUUUGAUGGGCAACGGCAGGAUUGUGGCUAUUAAAUAAGACUGCACUUAUUGUAAGACUGAGACUAAGUUGUGUUUCUCA